AUGAGAUCUUCAAAACCUUCAAGAACAGCAACAAAUUUUAAAGCAAUUGAGAUUGAUAGUUCUGAAGUUGGCAAUAAUAAUGAUGCAUCUGAGUUAUCUACUACUACCUCUCAUACAAUUAAAUCAUUAAAACUUUCAAAAAUUUCAACUCGGUUAUCAGCAACAAGUUCCCAUAUGAUUAAGGUUGAUAGUUCAAUUCCAACCCAGUUAUUAGCAACCAGUUCUAAUUCAAUUGAGAUCAAUAGUUCUAAACAAGGUCCAAUAGAAGUUAAAAUUGGUGACACUCAAUUGUUUGAUCUAUCAUUAUCUCCAGUCGUGCAAAAUAGAAAUAACACUA